UCUCUAAGUCCAGAGCUCAAAGCUCUCUCUUUUCUCUCCAGCAGGGUUCAAACCCUAAACACCUUCUUUCUUAUCCAAAAAAAUAAAUUUCCCACAAAAAUGAGACCUUUCUUUGCCUCGAGAACAUACGUUUCUCUUCUCACUCUCACCUUCACCACCACCUUUCUCAUCUCCCUUGAAGCAGCUGCUGCUUCUGCUGCUUCUUCUUCUUCUGCUAACAACAAAGAUUCUCAGCUACUGCUCAACUUCAAAGCCAGCUUGCCUAACCCAUCUCUUCUUCAAAGAUGGCUUCCUAACCAAGACCCUUGUAGCUUCGAAGGUGUAAGAUGUCAAGACUCCAAAGUUUCAUCUAUUCGACUCAGUUACACCUUAAGCACGGAUUUUCACUUUGUUGCUGCCUUCCUUUUAGCGCUUGAAAACUUGGAAUCCCUUUCUUUGUUAAAAGCCAACAUCUCUGGCAACAUUUCAUUCCCUUCUGGAUCCAAGUGUAGCUCCCUGUUAACCACCUUAGAUCUAUCGCAAAACUUCUUGUCUGGUCCUCUAUCAACUGUUUCCAACUUGGGUUCUUGCUCAAACUUGAAGAUUCUCAAUUUAUCAAGCAAUAGUCUUGAGUUUUCAGGUAAAGAAUCCAGGGGUUUGCAGCUAAGUUUGGAAGUUCUUGAUCUUUCUUUCAGCAAGAUUUCUGGUGGAAACGUGGUUCCUUGGAUUCUUUAUGGUGGUUGCAGUGAGUUAAAGGUCUUGGCUGUGAAAGGAAACAAGAUUAAUGGUGAAAUAAAUGUCUCAAAUUGCAAAAAUCUGCAGUUUUUGGAUCUUUCAUCCAACAAUUUUUCAAUGGGGACUCCUUCAUUUGGAGACUGCGUAGCUUUAGAACAUCUUGAUGUCUCUGGGAACAAGUUUUCGGGUGACAUUUCUCGCGCAAUUUCUUCAUGUGCGAACUUAAACUUCUUGAAUCUAUCAAACAACCAGUUUUCCGGUCCGAUUCCAGCUUUGCCAACUUCUAAUUUACUGCGUCUUUAUUUAGCUGCAAAUAAGUUUCAAGGAGAGAUUCCUUUGUAUCUCACAGAAGCUUGUUCAGGUCUUGUUGAGCUGGAUCUUUCUUCAAAUAAUCUUUCUGGUAUGAUUCCCAGUGGCUUUGGUUCUUGCACUUCUUUGGAGUCCUUUGAUGUAUCUAGUAACAACUUCACAGGGUCUAUUCCUGCUUCUUUGUGUGAAAAUCCGACAAACAGGUUACAAGUUCUGUAUUUGCAAAACAAUAUCUUAACUGGGUCGAUUCCUGCUAGUCUCAGUAACUGUUCUCAGCUCGUUUCACUCCAUUUGAGCUUCAAUUACCUCACGGGAAUAAUUCCUCCCAGCUUGGGUUCUCUCUCCAAGCUUCAGGAUUUGAAGCUUUGGUUGAACCAGCUCCAUGGAGAAAUCCCUCAUGAGCUAACUUACAUUCAGACACUUGAGACGUUGAUUCUUGACUUCAAUGAGUUGACAGGAACAAUACCUUCUGGUCUAAGAAACUGUACCAAGUUGAAUUGGAUUUCAUUGUCCAACAACCAUUUUACUGGUGAGAUUCCUGCUUGGCUUGGCAAACUUUCCAGUCUUGCAAUUCUCAAACUCAGCAAUAACUCCUUCUAUGGAAGAAUCCCACCAGAGCUUGGAGAUUGUCAAAGCUUGAUAUGGUUGGAUCUUAAUACUAAUAACUUGAAUGGGACUAUCCCUCCUGUGCUGUUCAAACAAUCUGGUAAAAUUGCUGUCAAUUUUAUUGCUGGGAAGAUGUAUAUGUACAUCAAGAAUGAUGGAAGCAAAGAGUGCCACGGGUCAGGAAAUUUACUAGAAUUUGCAGGAAUUAGACAGGAACAGUUGGAUAGAAUUUCCACUAGGAACCCUUGCAACUUUACGAGAGUCUAUGGAGGUCACACACAACCCACAUUCAACAAUAAUGGUUCUAUGAUUUUUCUUGAUCUUUCAUACAAUUUGCUGUCAGGAACAAUUCCGAAGGAGAUUGGCACAAUGUCGUAUCUCUUUAUCUUGAAUUUGGGCCACAACAAUAUCUUCGGAACCAUCCCUCUAGAAAUUGGAAACUUAAAGUAUCUUGGCAUUCUUGAUCUUUCCUACAACCAGCUGGUAGGAUCAAUUCCACAAUCCAUGACUCGCAUAACGAUGCUCAGUGAGAUUAAUCUGUCAAACAACCUUCUCUCUGGCAUGAUUCCUGAAAUGGGUCAGCUGGAAACAUUUCCAGCUAAUGAUUUCCUUAAUAAUUCAGGUCUCUGUGGGGUCCCUCUUCCUCCCUGUGGAAGAGAUCCAGCGGCUGCUUCAAAUUCUGAGCAUCAAAAGUCCCAUCGCAGACAAGCUUCUCUUGCAGGGAGUGUGGCAAUGGGAUUGUUGUUUUCUCUCUUCUGCAUCUUUGGUUUGAUCAUAGCUGUUGUAGAGAAAAAGAAAAGAAGGAAGAAGAAGGAUUCUGCUCUUGAUGUUUAUAUGGACAGUCAUUCCCACUCAGGCACUGCAAAUACCAAUUGGAAGCUAACCAGUGCACGAGAAGCAUCGAGCAUAAACCUGGCUACAUUUGAGAAGCCCCUACGGAAGCUCACCUUUGCUGAUCUUCUUGAAGCCACUAAUGGCUUCCAUAAUGACAGCCUUAUUGGCUCUGGUGGUUUUGGUGAUGUAUACAAGGCGCAACUGAAAGACGGGAGUGUUGUUGCAAUCAAGAAACUAAUACAUAUCAGUGGACAGGGUGACCGAGAAUUCACUGCAGAAAUGGAAACCAUUGGGAAGAUCAAGCACCGGAACCUUGUUCCUCUCUUGGGUUACUGUAAGGUGGGAGAAGAACGGCUUCUAGUUUACGAGUACAUGAAGUAUGGAAGCUUAGAGGAUGUUUUACAUGAUCAAAAGAAAGCUGGAAUCAAACUGAAUUGGGCAGCAAGGAGAAAGAUUGCCAUUGGAGCUGCAAGAGGUCUGGCGUUUCUUCACCAUAAUUGCAGUCCUCGUAUAAUUCAUAGAGAUAUGAAAUCAAGCAAUGUUCUGCUCGAUCAGAAUUUGGAUUCAAGAGUCUCAGAUUUUGGGAUGGCAAGGCUUAUGAGUGCAAUGGAUACACAUUUGAGUGUCAGCGCAUUAGCUGGUACUCCUGGCUAUGUUCCUCCUGAAUACUACCAGAGCUUUAGAUGUUCCAUGAAAGGUGAUGUUUACAGUUACGGUGUAGUUUUGCUUGAGUUGUUAACAGGGAAAAGGCCUACAGAUUCUGCUGAUUUCGGUGAUAACAAUCUUGUGGGGUGGGUGAAACAGCACGCGAAACUUAGAAUAAGUGAUGUCUUUGAUCCAGAGCUCAUGAAAGAGAACACAAGGCUUGGGAUUGAGCUUUUACAACACUUAAAGGUUGCUUGUGCUUGCUUGGAUGAUCGACAUUGGAGACGACCCACAAUGAUUCAAGUCAUGGCAAUGUUAAAGGAAAUACAAGCAGGGUCUGGACUUGAAUCCCAAUCAACCAUUGCCACCGAUGAUGGAGGUUUUAGUGCAGUCGAAAUGGUAGACAUGACAAUAAAAGAAGUCCCUGAAGGUAAGCAGUAGGUGAAACAAGUUUAAACCAAAUUUUCACGAGAAAUUCUUUGAAGAUAAGAAGAAAGAAGCAGUGAUGAUUCAUUCAGCUCCCGCAAAAUUUUCCCUCAUCUUUUCAACUUCAAAAUGGCAUAGAACUGCCCUUUGUAUCUCUACCAUUUGAUGUAUGUAUCUUGUGUCCCUCCAAAAAAUCUUGUUAUACAUAAAAAGGUUGGUUUAACCUGUUAUAAAUGUGUAAAUAUACAGUUCUCAGUUGUCAUGCUGUUUUGUUUCCCAUCUUUUUUUCUCAUUUAUUAAGAGAACUUUG